CCCCUCGCCAUGGCCGCGCCGUCCAGGCUCCUGAUCCGCGGGGGCCGCGUGGUCAACGACGACCUUUCGCAGGUGGCGGACGUGCUGGUGGAGGACGGCGUGGUGAGCGCGCUGGGCCCGGACCUGCUGCCCUCGGGGGUCGCACCCCCUGGGAUGCGGGUCCUGGACGCCCGCGGGAAGCUCGUCCUGCCCGGGGGCAUCGAUACGCACACGCAUAUGCAGUUCCCCUUCAUGGGCACGCGCUCCGUCGACGACUUCUACCAGGGCACCAAGGCUGCCCUGGCAGGAGGAACCACCAUGAUCAUGGACUUCGCCAUUCCUCAGAAAGGCGGCUCCCUUCUCGAGGCCUACGACACCUGGCGAGGACGGGCAGAUGCCCUAGUCUGCUGUGACUAUAGCCUGCACGUGGCUGUGACCUGGUGGGGUGAUCAGGUGAAAGAAGAAAUGGAAAUCCUCACCCGGGAAGGUAUCAACUCAUUCAAGAUGUUCAUGGCCUACAAAGAUGUGUACAUGGUAGGGGAUGCUGAGCUACAUGCAGCCUUUGCACAGUGCAAGGCUCUGGGUGCUGUGGCCCAGGUGCAUGCAGAGAAUGGAGACCUGAUCGCAGAGGGAGCAAAGAAGAUGCUGAGCUUGGGGAUCACAGGGCCCGAGGGCCACGAGCUGUGCCGGCCAGAAGCUGUGGAGGCAGAGGCCACGCUGAGGGCUGUCACCAUCGCCAGUGCAGUCAACUGUCCCCUGUAUGUUGUGCAUGUUAUGAGCAAGUCUGCAGCCAGGGUAGUAGCUGAGGCCAGGAGAGAAGGGAAGGUGGUCUAUGGAGAGCCGAUCGCAGCUGGCCUUGGCACAGAUGGCACACACUACUGGCACAAAGAUUGGCAUCAUGCAGCUCACCAUGUGAUGGGGCCACCCCUGCGCCCAGACCCUUCAACACCUGACUUUCUCAUGAAUCUCUUGGCUAAUGACGAUUUGAGCACAACAGGGACCGACCACUGCACAUUCAACACCAGUCAGAAAGCCCUUGGGAAGGAUGAUUUUACCAAGAUUCCUAAUGGGGUAAAUGGUGUUGAGGACCGGAUGUCAGUCAUCUGGGAGAAAGGCGUGCACAGCGGUAAAAUGGAUGAAAACCGAUUUGUAGCCGUUACCAGCACAAAUGCAGCUAAAGUCUUCAAUCUUUAUCCAAGAAAAGGAAGAAUUGCUGUGGGAUCUGAUGCUGACAUAGUGAUUUGGGACCCAGAAGCCACAAGGACAAUUUCCGCAAAAACUCAUCAUCAGGCAGUUAACUUCAACAUUUUCGAGGGCAUGGUUUGCCAUGGGGUGCCCCUUGUAACCAUUUCCAGGGGCAAAGUGGUAUAUGAAAAUGGAAUUUUCCAUGUCAAGGCUGGAGAUGGGCAAUUUAUUCCCCGAAAGCCAUUCGCUGAAUAUAUUUACAAGAGAAUCCAGCAGCGGGACCGGACUUGGGUACCGAAGCCUGUGAAGCGUGAGCCCUACAAGGGGAAAGUGGCCCCCCUGAACUUAAAAGCCACAGAAGGAGACUCUGGGAUGAAACCUCGGAACCAGGUCCACUACUGGAGAGAAGUCAGCAGUGCUAAGGGGGAAUGGAUGACACCUGAAGUGAGUCAAAAGCUGGUAGAAGUCCCCCUGCCCAAGGGAGUAACUUCUAGUCAUGGGUUCAGCUAG